UCGCUCCGGCCGAGCGAGCCAUCGAACGUGCGCGAGAGUCGGUCCUAUCCGCAAUUCCAGAUUAGAAUUCAACUAAAAGUUAAAAAAAAAACUUCGUUACUGUAAUUGUGCUGAAUUUUAUAUAAUGGUACAGUGGUACAGUGAUGUUAAGUGUGAAAUACACUGGUAAAGAGAUAUGACGGAGAUGGAAUAAAAACAAUUGCAUUCUGUAAAAACACAUGGGUGCAAGAUGACAAGAAAAUUUCUCUUCUGUUUCCCCCUCAGGGUGGGAAACAUGGUCUUCGGCUAUUUCAUAUUAGUAAUAACGAUAGCAGUAAUGGCUUACAAUUUAUACCAGCUCGGCCUUAGCAUCAAUUCACCGGACAAAGUAGAUUCCAGCAAAUUCAAAAACUGGGAGAAACUAGAAGACCUAUUCGGGGAGAAAAAAGAAACGUUGGUAGCAUUAGUCGCUAUGGUGUAUUACGCAUCGUAUAUAGUUGUUGCUUUCCUGAUGUUUAUCUUCUCCGCGAUGUUUACGUGUGGAGCUUAUUCGGUGAACAACUGCCUGGUGUCGUCGUUCUUCCUGUACAGCUUCUUCCAUUUAUUCCUCACGAUAUUCCUGAUCGUGUGGGAGGCGACCUCUGGCGGCUGGAUACAGCUCGGCCUUGUUGCUGGAUCAGAUUUGAUCCUGAUUAUAUGCCUCUUCAGCGUCAAGUAUCUGAUGGAAGCAAUCCGAACGGGCAACAUUUACAGCCGACCGGGAGAAGUGUAUUAUAAAUAUUAAGUAAGAUGUAUUUAAUGUACAAAUUUUGAUA